GAGAGGAUUUACUGGACCUCGUGGAGUUCGUGGAACAGUUGGACCACCUGGAGCAGUAAUAAUGUGUGGAAGAGAUCCAAUUGAUUCUGCUAUCCGGGAGACUGAACACUUAAAGAAGAGCUUUGCUAAGGUAGAGCUCACUAUAAACUAUGACUUUGUCCGAAGAGUUGGUCAGAAAUACUUUGUGUCCUACAAGGAGAGACACUCGUUCUCCAGGGCCGUCGAGUUCUGCUCCCAACAAGGUUUAGAUCUGGCUUUGCCCCAGAACGAGGAGGAGAACAUUGCACUGACGCAGUUCUUCGGGGACGUUAACAAAGAAGCCUGGAUCAACGUCAAUAAUAAAAAAGCAGAGGGGAACUUUGAGGCAGAUAUGAAUAACCGACCUCUGACCUUCACCAAAUGGGGAGAAGGGCAGCCAGACAAAUCCAUUGAGGCUACAGGCUGCACCAUGCUGUCAGAAAAUGGCGUCUGGCGAGUGACACACGAGUGCUUCCUGAAUGCUUACAUUAUUUGUCAGUUAUAGAGAGUUCUUGUAUCACCUGCAAAAUAGCAUAGCCAUUGCUUUUAGAAAUAUUUGCUCUUAUAUGUAUUAGUUUGUUACCCUCCACUAUCCUUGUGAUACAUCUUAAUCCCUUAAAAAAGCAUGGCAUCAUUACUCUUGCUUAGACAUACUCUAUGAAAGAAUUUAAGCAAAUAAUGAUCAGGUUUCGGAUGUCUUGUUCCAGUGAGAAUAAAAUCUCUAGUAGUUUGGUGACGUAUUGCUCAACAUUUUGCUUGGGACUGGUGAAACUUGAAGGAAACUACAAUAAAUUUGUGUUCAUUUUUGCAUUCGCAACUUCUUGGAGGGACUGAUUAACAUUUCAAAAGUGGUGUUUUGAAAGCAUGAAAAUAAAGCAAACUG